AUGAGGAAUUUUACAUUUAGCAAAUUUCAUCCAGUGGAAACAUCUGUAAUAGGUAGCAGAGAUUUUAAUGGUGUUGUUCAUCCAGUAUUGCAGUUCCAACCUUUCGAUUAUGCUGUCACAAGAGGCUUUUUAUUAUUUCGAGGAAACUUACAAGGAACAAACAAGGAAUAUCAAGGAAAAAAAUUAGUGGGGUAUUCUGCAGACCAAAUGUUUGAUGUAGUAGCAGAUGUUGAGAAAUAUCAAUCAUUUUUACCAUUUUGUAAAAGAUCCCAUGUUACAUUUAGAAGUAAAUCCAACAUAAAAGCAGAUUUAAUAAUUGGUUUUCCACCAUUAGUUGAAAGCUACACUUCGGAAGUUACAUUAAUUAAACCGCAACUUAUUAAAGCUGUUUGUACGGAAGGAAAGCUAUUUCACUAUUUAUUGACAAUUUGGAAAUUUUCACCCGGUUUAAAAAACAAUGAAAAUACUUGUAUUAUAGAUUUUUAUGUAUCUUUUAACUUUAAAUCUGCAUUGCAUUCUCAUUUAGCAAAUCUCUUUUUUAAUGAAUUAGUUAGACAAAUGGAAAGUGCUUUCUACCAAGAAGCUCAAGUCAGAUAUGGAAAACCAGUUGUCAAGAUGCAAACCUUAAAUGUAUUACAAAAAAAUUCUUGA